AGCACAACAUUGCCAAUCGCGAAGUGAAAAGACAUACAUAAAAAUACUUUUCUCUCCAACAAAUACAAUAUAAAUUAAGAAGAAAAACGUUUAAUUUAAUCAAAAAACCGACCGGGAGUGAACUAAUAAUCCAUUAUUGUGUGCGCGUGAGUGUGUGUGUCUGCGCAAACUAAAUAAAUAAUCAAACACACACAGCAGCGAUUAACACACAAAAGCUACACAGAGUUUAAUUAAAUUACAAGCAAAAAUCAUAAGUAAAAAAAGCAAAGGCAGGUGUGUGCGUGUGUGAGUGUGUAAUUGUUUAUAGCAAUUGCUGGUUAGCAAAACAGCUGGCAACUAGCAGUGCUUGUAAAAAGUUUACGAAAAUUCCUGCCAGAGUUAUGCGAAAAAAUUGAUUUUCCACAACGAUUGCAACUAACUGCAAAAAUUCGGCCGAAAGCAGCUGAAAAAGGAAAUCCACCCUCCCCUCUCACCCAACCAACACCCCCAAUCGACAGUGUCGGUGUGUGUGAGAGAGUGAGUGAGCGCGUGUGUGUUAGAGUGUGAGUGUGUUGUUAUUGCUGCUGCAGCAAAAGAAAGAUAAAGGAUCCAAAGCAGACGCGUCUCGCUGCCGGCGGCGCCUGCAAUGAAUAUUGUCGGGGAAUAUGAAUACAGCUCCAAGGAUAUGCUUGGCCAUGGCGCCUUUGCUGUGGUCUACAAAGGACGUCAUCGCAAGAAACACAUGCCGGUUGCCAUCAAGUGCAUUACCAAGAAGGGACUGAUCAAGACGCAGAAUUUACUCGGCAAGGAGAUUAAAAUUCUCAAGGAACUAACAGAGCUGCAUCAUGAGAAUGUUGUCGCUCUCUUGGAUUGCAAGGAGUCCCAGGAUUGUGUCAAUCUGGUUAUGGAGUAUUGUAAUGGCGGUGAUUUGGCGGAUUAUCUGAGCGUUAAGGGCACUCUCAGCGAAGAUACUGUCCGACUAUUUCUUAUACAACUAGCUGGUGCCAUGAAAGCACUUUAUACCAAAGGAAUUGUGCAUCGUGAUCUCAAGCCACAAAACAUUCUAUUGUCGCACAACUAUGGCAAAACACUGCCAGCACCUUCGAAAAUAACGCUUAAAAUUGCUGACUUUGGUUUCGCGCGUUUCCUAAACGAGGGCGUUAUGGCGGCCACACUGUGCGGUUCUCCCAUGUACAUGGCACCGGAAGUCAUUAUGUCAUUGCAGUAUGAUGCCAAGGCCGAUCUUUGGUCGCUGGGCACCAUUGUUUACCAGUGUCUGACGGGCAAGGCGCCAUUCUAUGCACAAACGCCCAACGAGCUGAAGUUCUAUUACGAGCAGAACGCCAAUCUGGCGCCCAAAAUUCCACAUGGUGUGUCGCCGGAUCUGCGCGAUUUGCUGUUGUGUCUGCUGCGACGCAAUUCUAAGGAUCGCAUAUCCUAUGAGAACUUCUUUGUGCAUCCCUUCCUGCAGGGCAAGAAGGCAGCAGUGUCGCCAGUUGACAUGCCGCCGUUGUCGAGUGGCACGCCGCCCGUCAAGGCCAAGAGUCCGUUGCAGCAACAGAUGGAGCAGGAGCUGCAGCUGGUCAAGCUGGCCGAGCAGCAGCAAAAGGAGCGCGAGGAACAGGAGGCCGCACAGGAGGAAGAGAAUACCGUUUCUGUGGUGGCUAAUCCGGCCAUUUGUGCUACCAUCACCAAUGUGGGCGUGCUCUGUGAUAGCGAGAACAACAGCGCCUCUUGCAGCUCACACGAGGAUUCCGAUGACUUUGUGCUGGUGCCCAAGAACCUGCCCGAGGAUCAGCGUCAAGCCCAGGCGCAGGGACAGACAACGGCUGCUGCACAAGCACGCCAGCAACAGCAGCCAGCACAGCAUCAAUCCAGUCCACCGCGUCCCAGCAGUCUGCCCAUCUCGGAGCCCAAACCAGUGCCGGCGCCAGCGCGUCGCUUGGCCGCCGCUGCCGCAGCAGGUUCUCCCGGCCGAAGUGGCAUGCCGUUGACCGUGGCCACGCUUGCGGCAGCUGGUCAGCAAAUACCACGAUCGCAGCCCAUUAGCGUUAAGCAGCCGCGUGCAGAUCAGCGCAAGAGCAGCGUGAGCAGCGACAUCAACUCGAUAUCGCCGCCAGCGGUGCAAUUUGCCAUUGGCACACCACCGACCCGUGUGAGAUCCGCGUCGGGUGGCUCGCUGUCGGAGACACCGCCACCGCAUGCGCCCAGCACAUGGCAAGUGUCGCCGGGCCACUCGCAGUCGCCGUUGCGCCGAAGCGGCAACAGUUCCCCGGUGCUGCCGUCCGCUGCGUUGACCAAGUUGCCCACAUUGGGCAGCCCCACGCUGCUGGUGGCGCCCGGUUCGUUGGGCUCGAUUGGUUCGGCUGGCAGCGGUUCGGAGAAUAACAAUCAGCAUCACAUGCUGGGGCCACGUGCCUUUACCUUGCCUGAAUUGGGCGCCACAGGCGGACUGCAGAGUCUGCUGGAUACCGCAGUUGGAGCUGGCGGGGUGGGCGGCGAGCCGCAUGCAUUCCAGGCACCCGAAUUGUCCGAGGAGACGCUCAUGGAUCGCGAGCACAACGAAACCCUUUCCAAACUCAACUUUGUGCUCGCCCUCACCGAUUGCAUUCAGGAGGUGGCCGAUUCACGCUGUGCUCCGCUCUCCACGCUCAUGGUCGCCGGCAGCCAGACGGCCGCCGAACAGCAUCAGAUACCGCCACAUGCUCCCGAGCACUGCAAGCGUGCCGAGCGUCUUGUGCUGUUGGUGCGUGCUUUGCAAUUGCUGUCGUCCGGCCUGAAUUUGGCAUCGCAGCAGCUGCGCAAUGGGCAGCUCAAACCCUCAUCCAAUGUGAAGAAUGCGCUGCUCACCAUGAACGCCAAGUAUCGCAGCAUAUUGUUCGAGUCGAAGCGUCUCAAUGGCAGCGGCCUGCUCCAAAAGGCAAAUGCAUUUAACAUAACCGCAGACAAGAUACUCUACGAUUAUGCGUUGGAUAUGUGCCAGGCGGCUGCGCUGGAUGAGUUGCUGAAGAACACGAAGAAUUGCUUUGAACGCUACAACACAGCACACAUUCUGCUGCACUCGUUGGUCCAGAAGUGCAAUCAUCCCCAGGACAAAUUGCUGUUGAAUAAAUAUCGCGAUGCGGUGGAGAAACGUUUGAGCAUAUUGCAACAGCAUGGAUAUAUCUACGUGACCGAUGAGAAUGCCUAAAGCGGAACGCAACAUCAAUUUGUCGACAAUUCCUUAAGUUAUUCAAUCCCCCACAUAAGUUGAGUCGAGUCGUAAAACAUGUGAUUAAAGCAGAACUACAAACACACACAUAGACCAUAGAUAAACACACACACAUAUUUAAUGAUAUCAUUUAAUCUUGAGCAAUGUUUAAACAAAAAACCAAAAAACACAAAACCACAAAACCAAACUGACAAAUGUCCAAUGUAAAUAGUUUGAAACAUGUACGUAGUUUUUGUUUAUCUUUUAUUAUUUUUGUUACGCCUGCUCGACGCCCAUAUAGUAUUUAAGCCUACAAAUAUACACAUAAAUAUACAAGAUAUAUAUAUAAAUAUUAUAUAUAUACAUUAUUAUAUGUAAAGAAAAAGAAAAUGAAACACAAAUGAUACAAAUGAUAAUCAUUGCUAAUGUUUAUGGGGCAAUUUGCAAGCCAAAACUCAGUUACAAAUCAUUUAUGACGGGUGCAGGCAGACUUUAAUAUUAUAUCCACUUCCAUUUCCAUUCAAAACAAACAAACUUCAUCUUGGUAUUACUUUUGAUAUAUAUUUAGAACACGCAUAUUUAUCGCUGCACUAAACAGACACACACACACAUACACGCAAAAUAUAUAAAUGUGCUAUGUUCAUAGUUUUUAGUUAGGUUUCCUGAUGGAAACAAACAAAUUUAAUAAUUUUAAACAACAAAAACAAGCUUAAGUUUUUCUACAAAGCCCACAAAUUUAAUAAGAACAAUCUAUACUUCUAUAUAUGUAUAUGAUAUGCAAUCAACAGCAAAAACAACAACAAGAAAACACAUGCGAAAGUGUAUAAAAUAAAGAGAAACGCAAAAUAAAAAUUAAAAACUAAUAAAAGAGAGUACUACGAAAUAUAGUUAUGAACGAUCGUAUUUCAUUUACAAUUUCGAUAGAUUGGAUAGACAAUGAAAAGAUUUGAUUCGAGUUAAUUCUACUAUCGAUAGUAGCGAUAAUUGGCGCACGGGAUAUCGAAACUAUCGCUAGUUUUUUAGCUGCAACUUUUCAAACAAAUGCACUAACCAAUUUGUAAGUUCGAUUUCAAUGAGAGAUUAUCUUUUUUUUUGUUUGGUUGCUCAUCCCUAUUGUGGCGUCCAAUCAAUGUCCGGUGAUUGAUGUUGUCCAUUCAGUUGGGACUGCGAGACGAAUCUUCGGCUGUUCAUCUGGAA